UCCGGACGUCAUCACGCUUCACGGAAGUCAGCACUGGCGAUGGUGGCGGCCUCGUCAGCCUAGCAGCAGGAAGAGGAUGUUUUCGCCCAGUGAAAGGAUAAUAUCACCUGAUUAUAUACCUUUAUAAUAGAAUAAGCCUACGUGGAGUUUUUCUGCAGAGCUUGGUGAGAUUACGACAGAGCAUUCCCUCACCUGGAGCCGGCCUCUGUGAGUCCGAAACAGGGCGCUGGAUAAAAUGUCUCUGUUCCAGUCGGCACUGGAUUUCCUUGCCGGGCCCGGUUCGUCCGGUGCGGCCAGCCGGGACCAGAAUGAUUUCGUCGGACAGGUCGUUGAGCUCGGUGACAUGAAACUCAGAAUUAAGAGGGUGAUCGCUGAAGGUGGAUUUGCCUUUGUGUAUGAAGCCCAGGACAUGAGCGGUGGUAAAGACUAUGCCCUCAAGAGACUGCUGUCCAAUGAAGAAGAGAAGAACAAGGAAAUCAUACAGGAAGUCUGCUUCAUGAAAAAGCUGUCGGGCCAUCCCAACAUGGUUCAGUUCUGCUCUGCUGCUUCCAUCAGUAAGGAGGAGUCAGACACCGGACAGGCUGAGUUCCUGAUCCUCACCGAGUUGUGUAAAGGUCAGCUGGUGGACUUCAUAAAGCGGGUAGAGCAGAGAGCUCCCCUGUCAUGUGACACUGUGCUGAAGAUCCUGUACCAGACGUGUCGUGCCGUGCAGCACAUGCACAAACAGAAGCCUCCAAUCAUACACAGAGACCUCAAGAUCGAGAACCUCCUGAUUAGUAACCAGGGCACCAUCAAGCUGUGCGACUUUGGCAGCGCCACCACAGUGUCACAUUACCCCGACUACAGCUGGUCGGCACAGAAGCGGUCCAUGGUGGAGGAUGAGAUCACAAGGAACACCACUCCAGCAUACCGAACACCGGAGAUGAUCGAUCUCUACUCCAACUUCCCCAUCAAUGAGAAACAGGACAUCUGGGCCCUAGGAUGCAUCCUCUACCUGUUGUGCUUUAAACAACAUCCAUUCGAGGAAGGGGCCAAACUACAGAUUGUCAACGGAAAAUAUUCCAUCCCUCAGAACGAUGUCAAGUACACUGUGUAUCACGACCUCAUACGUUCCAUGUUGAAGGUGAACCCAGAGGAACGUCUGUCCAUUACAGAGUUGGUCAACCAGCUGCAGGAGAUAGCAGCAGCACGCAAUGUCAACCCCAAGUCUCCCAUUACAGAGCUGCUGGAGCAAAACGGAGGUUUUGGCAACAACAUCGCCCAGCCGCCAAUGCAGAUCCACAAUGUCCACAACAAUGCAGGCAUGUACGAUCCUGAUCAGUCAGGCAGUGGCCUCUUGGAUAUCUUAAGGGGAGGGACGGAACGCUUCCUGACUAACAUAAAGGACACGUCCUCGAAGGUCAUUCAGUCGGUAGCCAGCAACCCAAGUUAUGCCAAAGGGGACCUGGAUAUUUCAUACAUCACCUCCAGAAUAGCAGUCAUGUCCUUCCCAGCAGAGGGGGUGGAGUCUGCGAUCAAGAACAACAUUGAAGAUGUACGUUUGUUCCUGGAUUCCCGUCAUGCUGGCCACUACGCUGUCUACAACCUCUCCAAACGAUCGUACAGGCCUUCUCGAUUCCACAACAGGGUUUCAGAGUGUAACUGGCAGGUGCGUCGUGCCCCUAACCUCCGCAGUCUCUACAAUGUGUGUAAGAACAUGCAUCUUUGGCUCAAACAAGACCAGAGGAACAUCUGUAUAGUGCACUGUCUGGAUGGCAGAGCAAUGUCAGCGGUGGCAGUUUGCUCCUUCUUGUGUUUCUGUCGACUUUUCACCACGGCUGAGGCUGCUGUCUACAUGUUCUCAAUGAAACGCUGCCCACCUGGCAUAGCACCCUCACACAAGAGGUAUAUAGAGUAUAUGUGUGACAUGAUGGCAGAGGAGCCCAUCAUCCCCCACAGUAAACCCAUAGUAAUUCGCUCCAUCUCCAUGACACCUGUGCCGCUGUUCAACAAGCAACGUAAUGGGUGCAGGCCGUUCUGCGAAGUUUACGUCGGAGAUGAGAGGGUGCUCACUACAUCACAGGAGUAUGACAAGAUGAAGGAUUUUAAGAUGGAGGAUGGAAGAGCGGAGAUUCCCCUCAAUGUCACAGUACAAGGAGAUGUACUGGUGGUGAUCUAUCAUGCAAGAUCUACACUGGGAGGACGUCUGCAAGCCAAGAUGGCAUCCAUGAAGAUGUUUCAGAUCCAGUUCCAUACAGGCUUUGUACCCAGGAAUGCAACUACUGUCAAGUUUGCAAAGUAUGAUUUGGAUGCCUGUGACAUCCAGGAGAAAUACCCAGACUUGUUCCAGGUCAACUUGGACAUUGAGGUGGAGCCCAGGGACAGGCCCAGCACCAAAACCCCUCCUUGGGAGGGUUUCCAAACCAAGGGCCUCAAUCCCAAAAUCCUUUUCUCAUCUCGUGAUGAACAGCAGGAGAUCCUCAGCAAAUUUGGCAAACCCGAGCUGCCUCGUCAACCAGGUUCCUCAGCAUUUUAUGACUCAGAGUCGCCCCAACCGGCUCAGACCCCCGAAGGCUCCAGUGCAACAGAACCGGAAUCUCCUGUGAGCACAGACAACAACGCCAACAAUUUCUUCCAGACACUGGAUUGGGAAGAUGUGCAUGGCUCUCAGGAUGCCUCAGACAGUCAAGGAGGUGGAUCCAUAAAUGAUCAUGAGGAUCUGAGUGAUCAAUCAGAAGGAGAGUCCUAUUCUUAUUCUGCCCCCAGUGGGGAGCCACUUUCACGUGACCCCAGUGAACCACUGUUUGAUGCUGACUUUCAGAGCCCAGAGCCGGCAGCCCAGGAAUCUCCGGUGGAUGACACAGCUGACCUCUUGGGGUUGAACACUGCCCCCGAGCCACCUUCCAUGUCCUCAACCUCUUCCUCUGCUCCUCAUCAAGGGGUCCAUGGGGGAAUGAAAGCUGCAUCCAGCAACAGUGAUCUCCUCAAUGACCUGUUUGCACCCCCUGCUGAUCAGACAGGAGCAGUGCAGGAAGACUUGUUCUUCAGUGGGCCAACCAGUGGGGCAAUGCCAGACUCAAAAUCCAUGGGUGACCUGUUUGAUCCGUUUGGGAUGGGGUCUGGCUCUGGUGUUGGUUCGAGUAUGGGUUCGUCUCAGCAGGACUCUGGAGCAGACUUGUUUGGAGACUUGUUGGGUUCAGAAACGAGUAACCCGACUCCUGCUUCUAACGCAAGCCUCUUCAACCUCAAUAAGCUAGUGAAUGAAACCCCUAAGAUGACAUCGUCAGCCAGCCAACCAGACCUGCUGGGUGGGUGGGACAGCUGGGCAGCCGGGAGCACUGCUGGCAUGAGUGCCACCACCAGCAAACCCAACUAUACCAACACAGCUUCUGGCGUGUCAUCUAUGUCAAAAGCCAAGUCUCAGAGCUUUGAUCCUUUUGCUGACCUUGGAAACCUGGGAUCCAAAUUACCAGGUUCCUCUGGGCCUUCUUUUACCACAAAGACUCCUUCCUCCUCUGCUAAGCCUCAAGCCCAGUCUUGGCAGUCUGGAAGACCCACAUCAGCCCAGAACAAGCCUUGGAUGCCCGGAUCAGGAUCUGGGUCUGCGCCCAAAGCACCCCCAGCAUCUCAGCCUGCAAGCACGCAGCCCACCAAACCCAACUACAACCUCAACUACUCCAGUGUCAUCGGUGGGAGAGCGGAGAGAGGAGUUCGUGGACCUGGAUUUGGCCCCAAGCCAAAGGUAAAAGAGGAUGAUUUUGAGGACCUGCUGUCGACUCAGGGUUUUGCCUCCAGGCCUGAUAAAAAGGGACCAAAGACCAUUGCUGAGAUGAGAAGAGAGGAUAUUACAAAAGACAUUGAUCCACUGAAAUUACAGAUCUUGGAUUGGAUUGAGGGGAAGGAGCGAAACAUCCGAGCGCUGCUGUCAACUCUGAACACGGUGCUGUGGGAGGGUGAAACUCGCUGGAAGGCUGUGAGCAUGGCUGACCUUGUGACGCCUGAGCAGGUGAAGAAGUACUACAGGAAGGCUGCGCUGAUUGUCCAUCCAGAUAAGGCAGCAGGCCAGCCUUAUGAACAAUAUGCUAAGAUGAUCUUCAUGGAACUGAACGACGCCUGGUCAGAGUUCGAGAAUCAGGGAUCCAAAGCACUCUUCUAAAAUCCUGGUCUGGAUCCCAGUUAGACCAGUCCAGAUUGGACUGGACUGGAUUUGGCCUAACCAAACAAGGGUUAGACUGAGCCAGAUUGGACAGGACUGAGCCCACAUUGGGCCUUGGUGGGCACAGAGCCUCUGAGAGGUGUCCUCUCUACCAUUCCCUUCACUCCCUUCGUCCUUCUUCACUUUGAUCUGCUUCUACAGUUGAGGAAAAAGACAGUUUGCCUCAUGUCUGGCUGUAGUGCAAACCUCCUAGCUGGUUCAUGAAGAGCCAGCUGAAUAAACAUUGUGAUAAUUCUUAAACUCACUGCCUACCUGUACUUUGACCUGAGUGGUGCUGCAAACAUGAGGAGGGAGGAAUGGGUGACAAUCACUUGAAAAAGAGAAAAUGGAAAAGAAGUCAAAUAACACAAAGACUUUUAAAAUUACCAAGGUUAUUAUCAUGACAGUGGUAUUCCGAUUAAAAAAAUAUAUAUAUUUGCCCUACACUAAUAAAAUGCUGGCAAAUUUUGGCUGUGGCUGGUAAGUUUAUGCCUGGCACUUCUGCGAACAGCCAUCGUUUAACUGACUGAAUUUUAAAAAAAAAAAAAAAAAGAAAAGAAAAUGAACAAAGGUUUUUCAGUGUGCCAGCCAACAUGGAUGUAUGCAAAAUAUCAUUUGAAUGUUAAUAUUUUACGCUUAGAUGCCUCAGAAAAUAGCAAACGUUGCUAACGGAUCUUCAAACGAACCAGCCACAGCGACCGCUGGGCAGCGGAAACCCUCCUAUCCUGCCUCGAUUGUAGAAGCAGCAUUAAAACCUCCCCAGGAUUUUGAAACAAGGCAGAUCUGUUGAUCGUAUCAUUGAUACUAGUGCUAGUGCUGCACCUUCUGGGAUCAGCACUUGGUUGGUUUUGCUCUUGAGCCAUUUCCUCUCCAGAAAGACUAUUGUUUGCUGAACACUACUAGUGCUGCUUCUACAUUCACAGUUACUGCUACAUACACUCCUCAGAUUGAUGUUAAAACCUGCAUCUGAAACUUCUAGCAUCCAACACAGGAGCUGAACUUGUUUGUGGAGCCCCGUAUAGACCCAAGCGGGCAGUCUGUUGUUUUUGAAGUGCUCUUUUAAUUCCACCCACUCAGGCUAUACUGUGUAGCUAACUGCAUGCUCUCCCACACCAAACCUCUAAAAAAAAAAAAAAAAAACGGGAGGUAGGUGUGUUUGAUUUCAAACCAGGGUAGUUCAAACGGGCAGGGUCUCUUUUAUUGAAGUGCUCUUUUUCUUGUAGCAGAAACAGAGUAGAGUCUACCUGCCCGAUUACGCUGAGUGGCAGAUCGCAUGCCUUCCCAGCGCUCAUACUGCUCGUCUCAGUCAUCACUCUAUUCGUUAACCCCUAUCUUUAUCUCUGUACGCCCUGCCUGCAGUGGACAUUUUUUUUUGCCAGUGCAUAGGAAGAGAUCAAAAAGCGAAGGAAUGAAAAUAGAAAAGGCUGAUUUAAUCUGGUUGCUCUUGGUUUUACUCUUUCUUGUAUUUUUGGGGAGGCUUCAUCCUCAGCUUUGAGCGCUUUUGUCAGUUAAUCAUCACAUCAGUGUAAGUACAGAAACAUUAUCACCCACCACGUGGCUUUGUUAAGCUUGGGAAAUUGAUUUGUUGUUGAGCUUCGUGCUCGACUUAGUGAAUGGUUGUGUGAGUGUGUGGAAGUGUGUGAGUGUGUAUGUGUUUCUUUUUGGGGUACAGAUAAUGAACCCUUGUUGGAUUUUUUUUUUUUUUUUUUACUUUAUUAAUUUUUUCAGCCUCUACCACACUUUUGCUUUCGUGAAUGUUUGUCUUUUCAAGAAUCUUUCCAGCUUUUUUUGCUUUUUCUUUUCUUGCUUUUUUUUCAUUUUAAUUUCACAUUUUACCUCAUGGACCAAUCAAAUCACCAGUUUUCUUAUUUAUUAUUAUGUUUUUUCAGAAGGUGAGGGGUUAUGACGACAUGUAUUGAUGCAUAUUAAUGUCACAAUUGGAAAAAAUAAUCAGAUAAUAUAUUAGUGGAAUGUGCUGAGUGCAGAUGGGACAGUUGUUCACCGUGAGCCCCUUUGUUGCUGUUUUCAUUCCAAAGCAUCUGUUAUUAAUACGAAUGUGCUUUUACAAAUAUAUAUAUAUAUAUAUCCUCUCUGUUGUUAAGCAGGAUGUGUUUAUCAUGUCUGUUCAGUCUGUGUUUUUGUUAUUACUUUUUUUUUCCUCUUAAGGCAGAAGUUGUUGCUUCUGUUUUGCUUUUUCAAUUCCAACACGAGGGGGCCAGUAAACCUAAGAAAAAAAAAAUCAACUCAUGCUUGAAAUUCAGUUGAAAAUCUUUGACAGUAUGUGAUCACAGUAUAAAGAGGGAGGAUUUCAAAACCACACAUCAGCAGCGUUUACUGUACCAAAUUACAUCAUACUAAUAUGAAUGUAGGUUUCAGUGCAAAAAACAAGUAAUUAAAAAAAAAACCUUUUGA